CUUGUCUGAGGCGAGAAGGCGAGAAGGCGACUUGUACAAACUCGCCUAGGCGCCUUGUCUAAGACGAGAAGACGAGAAGGUGACUUAAACAAACUCGCCAAGGCGCUUUGUUUAGACGAGAAGGCGAGAAGGCGACAUGUACAAACUCGCUAAGGCGCCUAGUGUAUGCUACGAGAAGGCGGGAAGGCGAGAUGUUCAAACUCGUUUGAGGGUAACGCAGCGCAAGUGGAGCAGCAAAAUGUCAAUAGACUGUGACAUGGUGGACGUCAAGACGAUUUGCUAGACUGCUAGAAGUGAAGAGGAGCAUCAUUGCAGUUUUUACAUGAGAAAUAUCGGCAAUUUAUCAUUCAGCAUGCCGAGGGCUAGGCUUCCUAUUUUUGUGUUCAUAUUCGCUUCCUUUCUCGGGGUAGCAGGACAACCACCUCCAUUCUACACGGCUGCAGCACUUGGCGAGUUGGUGGAAGAUUUAUCAGAUGACCUGAUUCAGCACUAUUACAUUGCGGGAUUUACCGCAAUACAAAUCCUCCUGUUGCUGCAUAUGCGUCACGAAAUUUCCAUCGGUAUCAGAAGAAUUCGACAAAUUAUUCGACGUCUCAGAGUGCGAAGAGUUGAUCGACGGAGCAACGUAAAUGACAUCAUAAAUGCCAUUACAUUUGAAUUGCGUGGAUCGGGACAAAACCUUGGUUACAGGGCGAUGUGGAGGAGACUGAGAAUCAGACAUGAAAUAUCUGCUACACAAAGAGUGGUGCGAGAGCUUCUGUCAGCUAUGGAUCCUGAUGGGGUCGAGAGGAGAUCGAAUCGGCGUCUACAUCGACGAAGAUACGUUAAUAGAGGUCCAAAUCACGUCAUACAUAUUGAUGGUUAUGAUAAACUCAAACCAUAUGGUUUUGCAGUUCACUCUGCUAUCGACGGAUUUUCGCGGAAGGUAUUAUGGCUUAAAGUUGGGCGUUCAAAUAAUAAUCCGCGAUAUAUCACACGAUUUUUUUUAGACUAUAUUUCAUUAAUUAAUGGAGUACCUCGAAUCGUACGGAGUGACAGAGGAACAGAAAAUUGUCAAAUUCGUGAUGUACAAAUUGCCCUUCGUUGGUAUCAUGACGAUGAGUUCCAUCGAUACAAAAGUUUCAUGUAUGGGCGUUCAACAAGUAAUCAAAGAAUUGAAUCUUGGUGGGGACAUGUUGGGAGGCUUUCAUCUCGAUUCUGGAUUGAACUUUUCAAGCAAUUCCGCGAUAAUGGUGGAUUGGACAAUACCAAUCCAAUUCACGUUGAAGCAUUACGAUUUUGUUUCACAAACCUAAUUCAGCGUGACUUGGAUCUUGUUGUUCAAGAGUGGAACCAACACCGAAUCAGGAGUCAGGCCAAUGAAGAAUCACCAUAUGGGAUACCGGAUUUAAUGUAUUAUGUUCCUGAAAUAUACGGAGCCGAAGAUAACAAGAUGCCACUUGCUUAUUCACUCGACGAAGUACAGGAAACUGCAAAUAAUAUAUCGCUUGAUUUUCCACCAUACGGAUGUAGCCAAGAGUUUGUUGAGGUAGUAAAUCAGUAUGUCGGUGAUGUUCACAAUUUCCAGCUUCCUGAAUCUGUUGAAGAAGCAACUGAACUCUACGAAUAUCUUGUAAAUCUCUUGUGACUCAAAUAAUAUUAAUGAUAUUUCAUCUGGAAGUGUGAGAGAUGGAGAAAAAAAACACAUCAAGGGAAUUAAGUUCAAUGUUCUUUUUUUAGGUAAUACGCGAGUAAUAGGGACCAUCAAUAACGGCAUGUAGAUUCACCUAAUUAAAAAAAAUAAAAAAUAAAACAUGCAGUCACUCUUGUGAAUAUUUGAUUGUGACUGAAAAUCCAAAACCGUAGCCUCGUGUAAUUGAAGCAGACUUCCUCUUGCCGAGGAGAAAAGGCUUCUCGUAAGGAGCUUGUCACAAUCAAACAAAUAAACAAAAAGCCUUCAUAAUCACGCGCAGUAC